UCAACACAAUUCAAUAUUGCUGUUCUAUUUUAGGAUGGCGACAUCCCUGUCACCGGACGAUAUACCGACAUCUCUGUCACAGGAAGAUAUAAAUUUUCUACGGUUAGCUGGUUUGUUAAUAAGAGUCGCACCACGUGCUGUAAGACGAAGGUUUGACUAUGAAUUCCAUCCAGAACAGCUACAACAAUUUCUACGCACAAAUCGAGACAAGAUAGUUACCUUACAUACAAAAAGAGGAUUAUCACAGUGACACAGUAUGAAUUAUUAUUUCCAAAAGGCUCGUCAAAAGUAUCAUCCGACAUGUUUGAUUUAUCAUUGAUGGCAUGUUUACUCAGACAUUUCACAGAUUUUGACAUCCAAGAUAGUCUUCCACUGGAAACGAUCCAUACCGAUGCUGCUGAUAUUUCAAGGAUAAAAUUUUACAGAAACUCCAUUGUUCAUUCUGACAGCGGUAAAGUUAAUGUAAAGAAGUUUUGGGAAAUUUGGAACUGUGUGACUGAGGCAAUACUCAGGCUAGCACCAGAAAUGAAGUCAGAGAUUGAUGCGUUGAUAAGUUCAUCGUUAACUAAUGUCACAGAUAUCAUAGAUUUUAUACGGCUUGAGAAACAGUUGGAAAAAACAAAUCAGCAUAUGGUUACAAUCAACCAGAAGUUGGCGACGCUAGAAAUAGAAAAAAAUAAUAUAAAAGAAAUACAACAACGAACUUUGAAAGAAUGGAGAAAUAAUGGCAAAAAAUACAUUCCUACCUCAGCAACAACGUUUAUACUAGAAUCAUUAAACAAAACGACGGGUGUUAUUAUUACUGGAUCUCCAGGCUGUGGAAAAUCUGCAGUCGCUCAUCAUGUAGCAUUGGAAUUAGAAAAGGAGAAAUACGAUAUAAUUCCUUGUGAUGAUCCUUCAGGAAUCAUUAAGCAUUUUACAAAAGAUAAAUUCCAAGUUUUUGUAAUUGAUGACGUUUGUGGUAAAUUCUCUCUUAAUCAACAAAAAGCAGAAUCAUGGGAGCAAAAAGAUUGCAAAUUAAGUAUGCUAAUUGAGUCUUGUAAUCUGAAGACGACGAUGACGAAAAUGAUAGCAAAUCAGUGCAUAAGUUUAUCAUUACGUGCAGGGAAAAUAUAUAUGUUCACGAGACAUUCCCAAAACUUACUUGUUUUUCACUUGUACAAUGCAGCUUUAGUACCGAAUACAAAAUUACUCCUGAAGAAAGGAGGACUAUUGCAUUGUCGUAUGUACCUGAGAACACAGUGAACGAC